GGGAGGGGAGGGAUGUUGUGUCUGUGUUGUGCAUGGACGUUCAGCCAUAUUUCAUUGUUCUCUCUCCUCCAGGCCGUGGCUGAUGCAGAGGGGGAGGCCGGGGUUGGAGGGCAGGAGAGCAGGGACAGCACCUCACCAUCACCCCCUGUGCACCCAGACUAGCAUUCUCUGCACAAUUCAUGCUUUCCCAAUCCCCAGCUUGCACUGACACUAGAAGCUGCAGUUUGCACAGAAUCCCCCCCCCCCUCCUUUGUCUGCCUUUAGUACAGUCCUAUUUUUGCAAAGGGGGGGGAGAAAAUAAGCCCCCAUAAUAUUGCAAUGCACUGAGACUGUAUAUGUUGCAGCAGAGAGCAGCACCCCCCUAUUCCUGCCUGCUACAUGGUUCAGACCCAAGGGAUUUUUUUUUUUGCUAAUUUUUUUUUUUUUUUUUUGCAGGUGGGGGCUGGGAGGCAGCAAAGGGGGGUGAAAGGUCACAGCAGCUGCCAUAUUUUGGGUAGUAAAUAAUGCAGGAAUAAUCAGAGAGGGAGGAGGGAGCAGAGAGAGAUUUGGGGAGAAGCAGCAGCAGCAGCCUUGCAGGGGCUUCCCAUCCUGCUCUGUGCUGGGAGGAGGGGAGUUCGGGAGUUUGGGGAGGGAGGGGAGCCAUGAUGUCACUGCAGCUCUGAUCAUUAUUUAUUCAAUGCAGUGUGUAUUUUAUGGGCAUUCCCCCCCCCUUUUAAAUCACGAGAAGAAGAAAAAAAAAAAAAGGAAAGCAGCCUUUAGGGGGCACUGAUCUGCAACUGAGGCUGAGCAGAAAUCCUAAAGCAGAGCAGGCAAGGGAGGGAGGGGGAGCAGUGAGCAAGGAAAGAGGGGGGAGAAGACCAGGACACACACAACAUAUAUAUAGCAUUUACCAAAAAAAAAAAAAAAAAAAAAAGAUUUUUAUUUUUUCACCCCCCCCACCCUCUCCCCCCCCCCUCCAGUAUGGAUGCAAACUGGACCAGCUUUAUAUUCCAGACCCCUCCUCCGCCCCCUGCUGAACCUCUACAAGUUGAACUUUUACCUGUUCUAGCUACUGUUGCUGGCCAGCCAGAUGGAUCCCUCACCCAGACAAUGGUGCACACCAUGGCACCCCAGCACCCUUCCACUGUCGACACCGCUGCCCUCAAACAGGUGGUGCCUGGCCUGUCCAUUCCCCAGCAGAUGGCACCAUCCCCUGUUACGUCCCAGCCUUCCCCCGUCUCUACGGCUCUCCCUUUGCACUCGGUCAUGGAACUACCCAAGAAAUCUAAGAGCCGGGGCCCCUAUAUAUGUUCCCUGUGCUCCAAAGAGUUUAAAAACGGCUACAACUUGAGAAGGCACGAAGCUAUCCACACGGGUACUAAACCUGCCAGAGCCCAACCUGCCGUCAAGAUGCCUACCAUGGUGCCCCUCAGUUUGCUAAGUGUUGCUGGAACCCUUGGUGGGGCUGAGACCCUGGAGGUUCCUACCUCUCCUUCCACACUUUCUCUCCCGGGGCCUUCCCCCACGGCGAAGAAGGUGCGGAAGAACCAUGCGUGUGAGAUGUGUGGGAAAGCCUUCAGAGAUGUUUACCACCUGAACCGGCACAAAUUGUCGCACUCAGACGAGAAGCCCUACUCCUGCCACGUGUGUCAGCAGCGCUUCAAACGCAAGGACCGCAUGACCUACCACGUCCGCUCCCACGAUGGGACCGUACACAAGCCCUACAUCUGCAGCCACUGUGGAAAAGGAUUCUCACGUCCUGAUCAUUUGAACAGUCACGUCAGACAAGUUCACUCCACAGAGCGCCCUUUUAAAUGCCAGACCUGUGAAGCUGCCUUCGCCACGAAGGACCGCCUGAGAGCCCACAUGGUGCGACACGAGGAGAAGGUUCCGUGUCACGUGUGCGGGAAGCUGCUCAGUGCUGCGUACAUCACCGACCACAUGAAGGUUCACAACCAGGGCCCCAACCACGUGUGUGAGCUGUGCAACAAAGGGACUUGCCAGGUCUGCCCUCUGUCAGAUCCUACGGCCGCUGUGACUGCCGUGCUCCCGAAUUCCGGAGUCCCUGGAAUGAUGUCUACUCAGCCCUGGUGACUGGCUGUCCUGGAGGGGGGUGCAGACAACGUGUCCUCUUUCUUCUGAUGUGUUUGUGCGCAGUGCGGGGAGAUCCGCAGCUCCCCCCGUCUCGGACACGGAUUUGGAAGAGAAGUUGCAUGUAGCCUCCUCCCACCUUCUAAACCUCCAUGGGAUUAGGUCUUGGGGGUAUUACGAAGGUGACAAGGGCAUCGUUUAAAAUAGUAUCCACAACCGGCAGCGUAGCCCUUACGGGUGAUAUUUCAAGUACCCAGUUGUCCCGCGUUAGCCGCUAGACACUGUCCACACUGGCACGCGUCAGAAGUACAGAUUUAUACACUACACACCCCUGUGGGAAGAGGAAUGUAAUGUAUUUAUAGGACAUGUGCCCCCUUCCCCCUCCCUCACUAUGACCUUCUACUUCCAUUGUGAGCAGAGAAGCUGGCAUGGAGGUGGUUAAUGCAUCAAUGCUAUGCAGAGGACCACAGACAUAGAGGGGUGGGCAGUUCCACGAACGGCAGGCCCUGGACUGGACUCGCGAGCAGAACAGAUGGGAUAGAGGAGAAGAAGGGCUGUGAUUCUGCCGGUCGGAAGGACUCGAUCUGCGGACGGUUCCGAGUGGCAGAUAGUUCCGGUAAUGAGCUAAUUGUAUGAGCGGUAACUUCCAGUAGCCUAUCUGGUUGUCACGGGGCACUAGUUACUGCUAAACAGGAGGUGGCUCGGGUGGAAGUUACCUGGACCUAGUCACUAGUGGAGAAGCGCGCUCAAGUCAGGCGCACAGCAAUGAAUUCAGCAGAGGGAGGUGCAUCACCGUCCUAGAGUAAGUGCUAGAGCCCAGGGUGAGGGACUAUACUCCAUGCCGGGAGCAGUGUUCUUCUACAAGGGUAUUUAAUGAUGUAAGGAGUGGUUAGAGGGCUCACUGUGAUUGGGGACUGCCAGCCUCUCCCUUCAGAUAGGUGACCAAUCAGAAUAUGGUUCCCCCACCCGAUACCAGUCUUGGCUCCUUCAUGUUCUGUCCUCCUGAGCACUGUUAUGGACCUCUACUGUUGUAGCCAACAGUAUUCGCUUAUGUUGAGCCAUCUAAAGCUAUAUAAAGCGAAUGGUUCUGCUGAUGCCCAUCUGGGGCAGCCUGAAAUAUCACUUUGUAAUAACGGCUAUGGUUUGCAUGGGGCUGGAAAAAAAAUCCUAAUAUUGACUAUAGAGGUGUAUCCGUAUUGGCGCCCUUAGGUUCUGUGUCUUGCUGCAGCAUUGUACAAUUAUACAGUGGCCUUGACUGGGACUGGGCAGCUCCUAGGUGAAGCUGCUGUCCUCUGAUGGUCCACUAAUUGUUAGGGAACCGGUCACCUGCAGAUAGUACAGGCAGCCGUCCUGUUUGUCAAAGCAAUGUUCCUGAGCGUGAGGCCUCCCUUACAUCGGUAGGAAGCAGCGAGGCAUUCUCAUGAAUAUUCAGCCAACAAGAUGGCUGCCUGUGCUGUGAGUGUGCGUAGCCGGUGCUCUCAAUUGCUGUGGUGUUGUUUGUGUUUUUAUUUUAUUUUUGUAAUUUUUUUUUCUAAUUUUUUUUUAAAACCAGUUUCACCCCUGAAGCACCUGCUCCCGACAGGCGCUAAGUAGGGACGGUCUCCACCGUUUUAAAUGUUGUCAACGCAUGUUUUUGCGUCGGGUGGAUAUCCGUAGAAUUCUUAGGACUGACAAUAAGUGGGAGCCGGCAUAGUACAAUCCUGGCGGUGCACCAGAAGAGGUCCGGCGUCCUUUAGUAAAUAGUCUGCUGACGCUGUAUGGUGCCCUCCUAAGUGGCCUUCAGGCCCCGAACACACUGGGGCUUUCUUCCUUUCCACCUGUGGGUUGCCGUGAGCUGCAGUGAACACUGGCUAGCGGUGUUGCUGCUUAUGCAGUGUUCCCAGUUCAGGUUGAACGUAUUACGGGUGCAAGGACAGUGUGUAAGAGCCCUUACAAUACGUAGUCCAGGGUUCUCACUGGUGCUCCAGUAAACUAUUGGGUUUUAUUGUAGAAUAACUAGGUUACCCCCGGCCCUUCCCCUUAUUGCUUUUAUUUUUUUAAACUGUUUUUUAAAGCUAGGAGUUUAUGUCUGACCUCAUUGUAGAUGUUCAGUAGAACUGAAUGGAUUGGUUUAGCCUGAAACCAGUGAUCGAUCUAUUGCCACAUUCACCCGGUGCUGUGAGUAUUGUUUUAUUGUAGCUCUAGAACCCGUCAGGGUUGCCUGGCCGCUUUCAGGAAAUGAAUUGGGGGUAAGAUAGUUGUACGGCAUUGUAGGAUUCUUUUACUAAUCUAGUGGUAAGUUUAGGGUCUGUGGCGCGUAGAUGGCAUUUACACAGGUACAGCUCAGUGGCUGGCGGUACUUGAUCAGUCUACAGACAAAUCCAAUUUUUUUUUUUUUUUUACCGCCCCAAGCUCCCCCAGUAUCUGCGUCGCAGGUAAAUCUCCAUUCACCUUUCUAGAUACGGGCAAAGUUGAGUUUAUAAAACUUUUAGUUGUUGUUGAAAGUGGACUUGGUUUGAGUGGAAUGACUUACACUACCUGGUAGGGAACGCACUUCGUGUGAUCGGUCUGUCGCUUCUUAUUCACCUGCAUCACAUUACACGUAUGUUUUUAUCUUUUGUUAAUUCAUACUGUCUGGUGAAACGCGUUGUUGUCUGGGACUACCACAAGUCAGGUUGCCGAACGCAUCCUGAUGUCAGGAUUUGUGUUUUUUCUUUUGCAGCCUGAUGGUUUUUCUUUGAGACAAAAUGAUGGUGGUUUAGGUUUCACUUGUCCGCUGGAAAAUGGAAUUAGACCUUCAGGAUCUGACCUUUCCAUCUCCACUUUCUGGAGGCAGGUUCCAUCAUCGUAAUUCAGCAGCCAAGCUGCAGGUCCUCUCCGCCUACAGUAUCUUAGAUUCCAUAUAGGUAGUUUAGAAAAGAGCCUCUCUAUGUUUUGACCUGUCUCCUUUCAGUCAAAGCUUCUGUCCUCCAUGCAUGGUCCAAGCUCUUGAUGUCACUAGGGCUGGGCUGAUGACCUCUGCCCCCCCCCUACUAGUCUUUGGAGAGGCCUCAGUAAUGCAGCAGUUUCCGGUAUAAAUUGACAUGUGUACAUAGAGUUUGUCCAAGGACAUUUCAUCCCUUCGUAGUCGGUGGAGCCCGGCCUCAGUGGUUGCUCUGCAUGACGUUCUGUUGUCCCCCCGCCCCACAAAGGGCACUCUCCCGCUCCGCCAUGUUGAUUUGAGGCACGUUCAUCUGGCAAACUUUCACGACACCCUAAUAACUUCUAUUUUGAAUUUUAAAUGUAUUCCCCCCCCCCCCCCCCCCCCACAUUGAAACACGAUUGGUUUUGCUUGUGCACAGAUUAGAUGUUGGGUGCAUGAGACUUUGUGUAUAUAAUGUGUACAUUAGGUGGCUGCAGGUUGUAUAUACUGUACGUGUCAAAUGCUUCUCGCAUUGUAAAUACUGAGAACUGCUGAAAACCUGUCAUUUUGAUAACUGUUAAAAAGAAAAAAAAAGGAAAAAAAAGUUUUCUUAACUGUCCUUGUGAUGAAGAUGUCUCUCACCCCCCCACCCCUUUUAUCACUCCUGGGUCGUCUUUCUCCCCAAUAUUUCUUUAUGCGUUCUCUUCCUGAUUUGCCCCUCUUGGUAAAUAACAUGUUGUCUCUCCUCUCCCUGUUCUCCUUGUCCUCAGUAUCAUGUAAUCAGUCUCAGUAUAUAAAGUAUUCCACCCUGUGUCCCCUCUUUGUUGCUUAUGAACCAUAUGAAUUUUAGUAAAAAUAUUAAAUCCCA